GUCUGUUCAGAGAGAGUGUGUGUCUGCGUGUGCGUGCGUGUGUGUAUGUGUGUGUGUGUGUGUGUGUGUGUAGUUACCGUUACCAUUUUAUUAUGUGUGUGUCUUAUAUUACAGCCAUGCUGAACAUCAGCGGCCAGAGAGAGAGGAGAAGGGAGGAAAAGCCUGUUUACACAGACUGCAAACCGCUUGGGGAAUAGCGCAGUAAAGGAAGUGAGCCCGCUCUCUGUCUGACUGCUCCAACUUCCUGCUCUCUCUCUCACACACACAGCAGAAAAAAAGAGAGAGGGAGAGAGGGAGAGGGAGAGAGAGCGACAGAAAAAAAAGGGGGGGAAAUCAGGAUCUCAUUACAAGAGAAACAGACCGUUCGCAGACGCCUGUCAGCAUGGAAAAUCGGGGGAUUUUACCCAGUUCCUCUUAAAAUAUUACCCAGCAGAAGAAUUGGUUAAAGCUCAUCCGACAUCUGGGUAUGGAGAGUGCAAUCACGCUGUGGCAGUUCCUGUUGCAGUUGCUGCUGGACCAGAAGCAUGAGCACUUAAUCUGUUGGACAUCCAAUGAUGGUGAAUUCAAGCUUCUCAAGGCGGAAGAGGUGGCCAAACUGUGGGGGCUGCGCAAGAACAAGACGAACAUGAACUACGACAAGCUGAGCCGCGCCCUGCGGUACUACUACGAUAAGAACAUCAUCAAGAAGGUGAUUGGCCAGAAGUUCGUGUACAAGUUUGUCUCUUUCCCUGAGAUUCUCAAAAUGGACCCUCAUGCGGUGGAGCUGAGUCGGGAGAGCCUCCUGCUGCAGGAUGGUGACUGUAAAGUGCCUUCCGAGGUCCGAGACCCGCACAAGCACAGCCUGUCGGCCCUCAAAAGUGCCAGCCGGAAUGAGUACAUCCAUUCGGGCCUCUACUCGUCCUUCACCAUUAACUCCCUCCAGAACCAGCCAGAUACUUUUAAGCCCAUUAAAAUGGAGAAGCUGGAGGAGCCACUGGACGGGGCUGCUCCUCCAGUGGACGAGGUCAGGACGGUCAUCAGGUUUGUGACUAACAAGACAGAGAAACCACUCAUGAGGCCUGUGGUGUCUCUGCCAUCCACCUCAGAGGCUGCGGCUGCCUCAGCCUUUUUGACCUCCUCAGUCUCAGCAAAAAUCUCCUCCUUAAUGUUGCCAGGUGCAGCCAGUGUUUCCUCCACUUCCCCAUCCUCCUCUCGGUCCCCUUCCCUGUCCCCGGACUCCCCACUUCCUUCUGAACCCAGAAGUCUCUUCCUGGAGUCCAGCUGCCGGGAUUCUGACUCUCUGGAGCCUCUGAAUCUCUCCUCAGGCUCCAAGACAAAAUCGCCAUCUCUCCCCCCAAAGGCUAAAAAACCCAAAGGUUUGGAAAUCUCUGCCCCGCCGCUGGUCCUGUCCAGCAACGACAUAGGCUCCAUUGCCCUCAACAGCCCAGCCCUUCCCUCAGGAUCUCUCACUCCAGCCUUCUUCACAGCACAGAGUCCAAAUGGAUUGCUGUUGACACCCAGCCCGCUGCUGUCUAGCAUUCACUUCUGGAGCAGCCUGAGCCCGGUGGCCCCACUGAGUUCUGCCCAGCUACAAGGACCCAACACUUUGUUUCAGUUCCCAACCCUGCUCAACGGCCACAUACCAGUGCCAAUCCCCAGCCUGGAUAGAGCCUCCUCCCCAGGACUGCUUUCUUCAAGUGCUCAGAAAUCCUGAUGAUGUCUCCACGUUAAAGGACUCAUUACCUGAUAAAAGAAAUCCACCCCCAACGGGCUAGUUUUCCUGUGUCGUGGCAAGGACAUUGUGAAACCCUGUUACUUUGGUUUGCACUUUCCAUUACUUGGAUAGUCUAGUUUGUUGCGUUAGCAUUUUUCAACAGUUUUUUAUAUAUAUAUGUAUGUAUCAGUAUAUAUAAAAUCCUGUUUUGCAUUAAAUGAUUUUUUUCAUGUUUUUAUAUUCUCUUAGUUCUCAAGUGUUGAACACUGUUGACAGUGAAGAACUUUUCUUAAUGGAUUUCAUUGUAUCUAAUAAGGAUGUGAAGCUUUUCCCUCCCUUUAAUUCUGCACUGUGCUUAUGUACACUAUAACCGGCUGUGCCUUCCUUUGCAUAAUGUUUAAUGUUAUGUAAAUGAUUUAUAUAUUUUCUAGUAUUAAGAGAAAAUGGUUGAAAGAUAAGAAUUAGUAUCCAACGGCACUAUGAUAGUGUUGCAUUAUUUUUCACAAGUAGGCAAUAUGAAAGCGCAUUCAUAUAACUUUUUACUUCGUGCUUUCAAAUUGUAUACAAAAUUGCCUUAUAAUUUUUUUGAACUGAAAGACAAUAGUAAAUCUAAUGUCCAAGGUAAUUAGUUUUUUUUUAAAGAAUAAACCAAGCCAUAUUUAGACAAUGAAUAUUCAUAGACUGAAAUGUUCUGAGGGCGUAUUAAAAGCAUAAUUUCAAAAGACAAGCCUUCUAGCUGCCAACAGGACCUUUCAGAUUCUUUGCAAACAGGGAACGAAGACGCAAAAGCUACAGAAAGAGGCCCUCUUUCCACACCCUUGGGAACCAUCUUGGAUUGCUCCCAAUCCUUACAUGUUCUCUUAGCAAAUGAGAAUGAUCAGGGCUUCCAUUUUCCAUAGAGAAUGACUCAUCUGAAUAGAUCUUGUCUGUCAAUAUGUGUUCAGGGUUUCCUGAAACCCUUAGGAUCGUAGGUAGAAUAUUUAAAACCUAGUGUUUUGAAAGGGGCUCACUUUAAAAGGGGUUCUCAGUUUUGAAAAUCUGGGCAGAAUGCUCUUGCUUAACAUAUCUUAAAUUCAUGGUCAAGGUGAAAGAAACCUAAUAUGAGUUCAAAUUAAUCAUUUUCUGGAAGCACUGUGGUUAUGGAGCUGAAUUCAACUGUUUCAAGUAAUCUGGAACAAGCUAUACAGUCAAUGUGCAUUUGCAAUUUAGAGCAAUGAUUAUGAAAAUGUGUCCUGAGGGACAAGCUUAAAUGAAAGGCAACCUUCCUUCUAUUUUCUGUUCUUUGAGGAGAUUACAGGCAUCCUAUUAGAGGAUGGAAGAAAAGACCCGGGAAAAGUGUCUGGUACUUGUAAAUUCAAGAUUGGGUUAAUUACAAUCCUUAAUUACUGCUCAUGAAAACAAUCUUGAACAAUUACUGUAUAGCUAAUUGGUCUGGACCAUCCAUUAAAUGCACUACUAUGGGACAAUCAUAAUAUGUAAAGCUCUUACAACCAGCACUUAAAUAUUUUUGAAGUCAAAUAUUCAGAAACUGUUUUUUUCCACAUGUUCAGGGAUUCCAAAUUUUUGGAUCAUCUGGAAAGAAGGAACAAAGGAAACUUGACCUAUUCAUAUCAUCUGUGAUACUGUGGGGGGUGGGGAGGAAUCAAAUAUACAGGCUCCACCUAUAAAGUAGUAAGGCUGCAUCAGUCUUCUUAUUACCCUUACGCUACCGUGUUAUAGCCCUAUCUCAUCAGAAACAGGACAUGGGCAGACUCUGAGAUUCCAUCUACUUCUUACUUUUAAAAAUGGAGUGACAAAGGCCCAACAAGAUGAGGUGACUUAUCCAAAACCCCACAGAUGUUACUGAGUCAACAUCUGAUUUGCCACUGGGCCAUAAUGCUGAUGCCAGUGUUCCCACAGCUGAAAAAAAUGAGAGUAGAACCUUUCUGAUUGCUUGAGCUACACAGAAAAACCAGGCUCGAAAUAUCACCUUAAUAAGUCUCUAAAAUCACAUAACUAUGAUGAGAAAUCAUUCCAACAACCAAGCUGCUACAACAGUGACCAAGGUGUUGAAUCUGAUCCAAGAACAUUUCCAGUGCCCCCUUGUCUCCCCCAUCAACGGAACAUCAUUCAGGGCUACCCAACUUGGUGGGGUCCUGUUUCCCUCCCCACACACACUGAUUGUCUCCUACAUCAAUCAAACCUACAGUGGGUUGUUACGGAUGGAAAAAUACCAUACCUAUUAUGAUGGGUUAAGAACUCUGCUAAUUUAGCAAAAUGAAUGACAGCUGGAAGCAUGUGGAGGUAAGCUGUCAUUGGCCUUGCCUCUUUCUAUUUUUCCACACAGACAUUUUUUCCCUUUAAGUCAGAUGAGAUUUGCAAUAGCAUUUUUUUUAAAGGGUAUACAAUAGCUCUUCAGCUCCAUGCCUGCUGAGUCUUAAAGGGCUAUGGUGAAAAUGCUGCACAACCAUAAUCUGUAUGUUGGAUUCCUUAUAUACACAUCUCACUAAAUGGACAGAACUGAAAAUCCUCAUUCACUUGCAUUUAUGUAUGUAUCAUUUUUACUGUUACAUUUUUUUUGUUCAAUAAACAAUUUUUUUAA